ACGCAUUCUUCUGAUAAGAUGUUAGUUAGUGUUGCACGCUCUCUUCGUGGCCCAAAAUCCAUUUUAUGGAAGAGUUUCUCCACAAGUAGUUAUGUGUCUGCACAUGAUGUUUCAAGUGACCAAGUACCUUACUACACAAAGCCCAGGUACUAUGAUACCCGUGCAUUGCCACUGCCUGAUGUACCAUUUGCAUCUGAGCUGACAGCGCAGCAACAGGCUUUGAAACAAAAGGAAGCAGGAUCCUGGACUCAACUGACCAAAGACGAGAAACUUGCAUUGUACCGUAUCAACUUUAACCAAUCCUAUGCAGAGAUGAAGAAAGGUGCACCCAAUGAGUGGAAAACCGUAUUGGGAUUUGCAUUUUACUUUAUGGCCUUUUCUGGACUAUAUCUUUGGUGGCAUCGUAAAUAUGUGUACGGUCCAUGUCCUCACACCCUUUCUGAAGACUGGAUAGCGAUGCAAACAAAGAGGAUGAUCGACAUGAGAGUCAAUCCUAUUACUGGAUUCUCUUCCCACUGGGAUUAUGAAAAGAAUGAAUGGAAAAAAUAAAUUGUUUGCUAUGUAUGAUGAGGAACUGUUUGAACAUUACAAUAAAUUACAUAUACUUUA